AACAUUUGCUAAGCGAGGAUAACAUUAAACUAGACGAGUAAACUGUGCCGCAAAUCUAGCUGGCCGAGAUCUGCCGCCUCUAAUGUUGACACUAAGCCAGACGGAGGGGCGGAGUGAGAGCUGUGGAAGGAGCUAAUGGGAGGAGGGAAUCUGAGGAGGGCUUGGAGGAGGAGCCGACCCUCCUAGCGGGGUGCGCAAAGGCAGUCAGUCGGUGGGAGGCCGCCGCGCCAGGCAGACGGUGACUCCCACGCGUACCUCGCACCGCGGCACCGGACUCGCGAGCUGGACGCCUCACGCCGACCCCUGUGUACUCAUGGACUGACUCACUCACUCGAGAAUGCCAUGGCUCUGCAGAGCCCACUAUGACACUAUGAGCAGCACGAGUAGGUGCCUCAUGCAUCUCCGAGUGGCGCGGGGACACAGUAGCCACUCUGCACCUAUUUUCUGAAGCGUGACGCAUACAUGAGUGCACGUGGCCGCUCCGUCUCUCCGUGACAACACUUCGAAGAGCCUGACAGUGCUAAAUGAAAGUCGCGUGGGCACGGCAAGGCAGAGUGCAGGCUGACCCCCUCCCCCCAGCGGGACCUGAAUCACACGCAGCGGUGGCAUCGUGCUCACCUGUCACCUGUGUCUAAUGAAGCACCUGGCGGCCACGUCUCGGCAGGUGUUGGGUUGAGUGUGCCUGGCUGGGGCGUAACCUCACCUGCUACCUACCCACCUACCCUGUCCCUCACAUUCUGCCCCCCAUCAGCCACUAAUCCUCUCCACCCCUCCCCCGCACACCCCGCCGCACCCACGCCUCCACUCCACGCCCACCCGCCCACCCACACCGGCAGGCUGACCAAGACCAGCGCUUGCAUCACCAGUGAUGGAAACAGCUCAAGGGAAAAAGAAGCCAGCGAAGCACUGAUCUUAUAAAGGUGUUGGGGCGAGGAUGGACCGCCGGCUGGUGCUGCCCCUCGCCGCCCUUCUGCUCCUGGGGCGCGGUGUGCGGCCGUACAGCGACAAGACGGUGGAGAUCGUGGAGCUGGUGGUGCCGGAGUCCCCCAAGGUGGGCGACGACGUGACGCUCACCUGCCGCUUCAACCUGGUGGGCAGCAAUCACCGCCUCUACACCGUCAACUGGUGGCGCGGCAAGGACCAGUUCUAUACCUUCAAGGGCACCACGAUCGACCAAAAGCACGCCUACUCCUUCGACGGGAUCCAGGUGAAAGAGGAGGCGUCCACAGAGGAGUCAGUGGUGCUGCAGAACGUGUCGGAGGAGACUUCGGGGCUGUUCAAGUGUGAGGUGAUGGGCGAAGGUCCCUCCUUCCGCACCGCCGUGGCCAACAAGACCAUGACCGUCGUGAUCCCGCCGCGGAAGGUGGAGAUCCUGGCGCGGUCUCAGCCCGACCCGCCGGUGUACCGCGUGGGGGAGACGAUACACCUAAACUGCACGGCGACGGCAGCCAAGCCUCGCGCCGACCUCACCUGGAAGAUUGAUGACCUGCCGGUGGAGGACCAUCAUGUUCAGCGCCUCCGGGACUACGAGGACCACCGGGGCCGUGUCACCUCCACGCUCAACCUGUCCUGGAACCCCCCGGCAUACUUCCGCAGCGGCGUGGCGCGGGUGGCGUGUCACGGUGGUGGUGGCCACAACACCACCGUCACCAAGGACAUCUACCUCGACCCCGCCUCCAGCGCCGCUCUCAACCACCUCUACGCCUCCAAAGGAUGUCAACUCUCAACCACCUGGACCAUCCUCAACUUGCUCUUCUUCUUCCUCGUCAGGCCCUCGCCCUAGCACCGCGACGGAACACGAAGAGGAAAAAAAAUUGAGUUACAAAGGUGUGUGAAAUAAAACACUGAACAGCGCCGCCACAGUCUGAAAAACCCAAGAAUAUGAGCGGGAACAAAACAGUGUUAUAAAAGAGAGUAUGUGACAGCCAGGUACGCAUACAGAUAGAUAAAUAACAUGACUAAUAUAAAUACAAUGAAUUGCUCCACCACACGCAGAAAUGCCAAGAAAAGACGAGAAAAACAGCUCAGUGAAUGACACACACACGAAAUGGAAGAAAAUAAUGUGCGAAAAGAGUGAUGGUGAGCGACUAUAACAAAUGGCGCGAAAAAGACGAUAAAAAGAGACGCACGAAAAGAACGAGACACGAGGCCGUUUGGAAAUGUCACUAUAAAAAAUAAGUGAAUAACACACAUACAAAAGCGUAAAAGACACAUACGGCAGAGAAAAAAAGAAUAAAACGAAGUAAUAUGACGAAAAAUUAAUGUCCAGCGCAGAAAGUGAAAAUGUGUUCGUUGAGAGGAGUAAAAUAAUGUGAAUGCGACGCGAAAGUAAAUGAUAUAAAAGAAAAGCGUGAGGGACAAAUGUGCUGAAAUAUAUCAAAUGAAUUAGGAGAAAUAAGACGAAACAUUUAGCAAAAAAGUUAUAAAACGAGAAAAGAAUAUAAAAAAGAAAUUUGUAAUGAAUGUUAUAAUGGGAAAAUAAAGACACAUAAGAAAUAAGAACCACGAAAUUGAGGGAGAAAAGUUGAAGGGAAUGAAUCUAAUACACACACGAAAAAUAAUUACCAUCACGUGCAAUAAAGAAGUCAAAUAAAAAAUAAAAAAUAAAAAGUGACUAUGAUGCAAAGAAAAUAAAGGUGAGAUUAAUAACGAGAGAACAUGACACUUUAUGAUAAUGACGAUGGAUUGCUUGGCUUCUUUUUAUCUUCAUUCCUGACACACUCAUUUUCUUUUUUCUUUCUUUCCUUUUUCCUUUUGGUGAUGACGCUCUCUCAUUCUAUUCACUUCUACAUGUUUUUCUCCUAUCUUGUGUGCGUAUUGAUUAUGACUGUUUGUUUA